AUGUAUUCAAUUCUUUCUAUAAGGGGCCUCGUGUCCAGCUUGCUACUUGUUGGCAUUGCUUUAGCAGCACCCGCCUCUCAGGAUCUCGAAGUCCGGCAGGCCAGCUGCAAUAUACCGAGCAAUCGUCGGUGUUGGACUUCCAACUUCGACAUAACCACCGAUUAUGAACAAUCAACCCCACCUGGCGGCUCCGUGUCUUACAACCUAGAGAUCACUGAAGUCCGCAACUGGAAGGGCCCCGAUGGUGUGGUCAAGAAUUAUGUUCAGCUCAUUAAUGGCCAGUUCCCUGGGCCAACCCUAUUUGCCAAGUGGGGGGACACUAUCACCGUCAAUGUGAAGAACAGCAUGCCUACUAACGGCACAUCUAUCCACUGGCACGGCCUCCGGCAGCUGGGAACGAAUCUUCAAGAUGGUGUAAAUGGUGUUACAGAGUGCGCGCUGGCCCCCGGCAAGACCAGGACAUACCACCUGAAGGCGACUCAGUAUGGCACCACUUGGUACCACUCACACUUCUCAGCGCAGUAUGGCAAUGGAGUGGUUGGCUCCAUUGUUAUCGACGGUCCCUCUUCGAACAACUAUGAUAUCGACCUUGGAGCCUACCCUAUUACAGACUAUUACUAUGAUUCCGCAGAUGACAUAGUACUCAAGACUCAGUCCGCUGGGCCCCCACCAAGCGACAACGUUCUUUUUAACGGCACUAACAUCAACCCGCUUAACCCUGCGCAAGGGCAGUAUUCCGUGGUCAAGUUGACGCCCGGUCGUCGUCACCGACUUCGCCUCAUCAAUCCUUCUGUUGAACAUAACUACCAAGUGUCGCUAGUCGGCCACGACAUGACAGUUAUUGCAACGGAUCUUGUCCCAGUCAACUCCAUGACUCUGAACAAUAUAUAUCUCGGGACGGGUCAGCGGUACGACGUCCUGAUCGACGCCUCUCAAGCUGUGGGUAACUACUGGUUUAAUGUUACGUUGUCUCCGACGGGCCUCUGUGGUCUUUCCGUCAAUCCUCGACCAGCGGCUAUCUUUCGCUAUGAAGGGGCUCCAAAUGCGCUUCCUACCAAUUCAGGCACCAUCCCUCCAGAUGCUGCAUGCCAAGACCGAACUGACUUCACGCCUGUGGUUACUCGGAAGGCUGACACGACCAACCUGGUUACUCAAGUCAAUGAUCCAGCCCAUAACCUGGAUAUAUCGCUUAACUUUACAGCGCCGGUUACAUGGUUCGUGAACAGUAGCGCUGUUGACGUGCAGUGGGACAAGCCCGUCCUUGACUACAUACUUACCGGUAAUACCUCGUACCCACGGAGAGAGAAUCUCGUUUUUGUCGACGAGAAGAAUGUUUGGACCUACUGGGUGAUCCAGAAUUUGUCGCCACUCCCGCACCCCAUGCAUCUCCAUGGACAUGAUUUUCUCAUCUUGGGGCAUGCUGCCUCAACCACCUUCACUACAUCGCUUUCGUCCGGCCUGAAAUUCGACAACCCGACGCGAAGAGACGUGACUAUGUUGCCGGCUUCAGGGUAUUUGAUCUUAGCUUUCAAAUCGGACAAUCCCGGGAACUGGCUGAUGCACUGUCACAUUGCAUGGCAUGUGAGCGGCGGCCUUGCCGUUGAUUUCAUGGAGCGCAGAUCUGAGCAAGUGGCCUUGAUCAGCAAGACUGAUCUCGCAGCAUAUCAACAACAGUGUGCCGAUUGGAGGGCCUAUGCUCCACAUGCACCGCCCAAAAUCGAUUCCGGUAUUUGA